GUCUGGAGUGGCGGCAUGAGGGUAUCCCCAGUGGAGAGCAAGAGGAGGUCUAAGUCAUCUACCUCCCAAAAGACAGAGUGAGAGGGGAGAGGGCCCAGCAGCCAGGCAGGGAGGGCCCGGGGAUAAGAGGAGUUAAACAGACCAGGCACUUCUUCGGCCUGGGCGUGUCUUGGGCUCCAGAAAUGCCCACUUUGGGACGAGGAGAAGUGGGAACCCCACAGCCCCUCCUCUUGUGAGAUGACUCAAAGGGGAUCGAGGCCAAAGAACUUGAAACCUUCUGGUCCUGCCGGCCCAGCCCGGAGUUGCCCUGUCACAUCGGCUGCUCCUGCUCUCCCUUGGGCCUCCCCCGAAGCCCAGGUCAGCAGGGUUACCGAUUAGCUAGCACCCCUCUCCAUCGACCUUCUCCCCACGGGCGCCCCCAUGCAGUCAGGCAAAGCAGGACUGGGACAGUCAGAACUACCCCUUGCCGUGUGGCGGGCAGCGAAUGAGUCCCUGUGAGAGCUGCAGGGAGGGGCUGAGCACACGGGGGCACGGGGGCAGCGGUGACGCGCAGACGCGCUGUUCUAGCGUGAGGGUGCGUUGCUCAGCUGGUUAGCUGCUUGAGAUUACCGAAAGCCCAUCUCUGCUUGGAAUUUCGCCGUUAGAGAUUCAGUCCUUAGUCCCUGUGGUCUGCUGGAGCCCCAGCUUCAAAGCCCAGGCAACUCACCCUGAUCUGUCCAGUCGGGACAAAGUCGUGAAGCUUGAUCCGUCCAGCUGGGACAAUGUCUGGACGCCAGGUGAGCCACUCCAAUGCUCACAGCCGCUUGAGGCAGCCCUACAACGCAUCCUUUCCAGCCCGAGCUCCAGGCUGGACCCAGAGCCCCAGCCUGAAUGGGGCGAACAGCCUCAAGCGCCCACGCACCCCGAGUGGCUCCGAGUUCAGCAGCUGCAGCAGCCACUCGGAUCGCUCCUUCAACCCCGGCUCCCCCAGACUCCCACUGCGGAAGAUCUGCAUGGGCCGGCCCUACAACUCCAAGUGCGUGGAGACAAGCCACCUGGCCAGCCACCGCAACGUGGCCAAGAAGCCCGCCUACCGCAGCAGCCCCCACUGCCUCCUCUGCACAGACCGUCCCUCGGACCCUUCCAGCCCCACGUUCCUGGACCAGCUCAUCAAAGGCAUCAACUACCUGGACCGAUCCACCAACGCCUUCUAUAACAGCUGCCCCAAGUCGCUGAGCCUGCCCAGACUUGCAGCCAACUACCUGGAGCGAGCCGCCAACUCUCUUUACCUGGACCACCUGGAACAAUCUGCACCACGCACUUACUCCAGCCCCAGCGCCAGUGUGCCCUGCCCAGACACCAGCACCCCCAGCACCCCCAGUACCUGCAUGGUGCCGUCCCCUAGGGGUGCCAGCGCUCUGCAGUGCCUGGGCGAGCCCAGCACCCCGAGCUGUCAGUGCCAGCCUCCUUACCGGAGCCUCACCCCCGUGUUACCCCAGAGGUCAGGUAUAAAGCUGCCUGAGAUCCCUUUGUUUGGCAACGGGCUCUUUUCAUUAGGUCGGCUGCCCAAGUUCUGGGAAGCAAUCCGCUCAGGCUGGAGCGCCCCCGAGCCCAUCCCCAAACCCUCUAGCUGGUGGUGACCUUGACACCCUUUGUGAAAUGGACACAUGUCCACCAGGCUGCAGUUGUGGAAAAUAAAGUGUCUGUGGCAAAAUGCUCUUUCCAAGGCGCUGCAGGGGAGGGGAGAGGAAUGGCCGCUCGGAUUGGGGGCUGCAAACCUCAAGGGCGUCACUGCACAGUUACACGUGUGAACGGGGCUGGUGGCGGCUGGGCAGUGUGCAGACUGCGAGUCGCGAGGGACGGCUUGGUCUGCACCCAGCUCUCAGUGGUGGUACCGUCUUUAAGAGAGAGCCAGAGGAUUGAUUUUUCUAAGGCAACAGCAAAUUCAACAAUGUCACGGUGCUCUGUGAGCUGAAAAGAGUAGUUGUGGUGAGGGGGGAGGUCUCGGUGCCGCAGCUGGGACACCACUUGGGACACCCACAUCCCUGAAUUUGAGUCCAGCUCCACUCCUGAUUCCAGCUCCCUGCUAGUGCACACCCUCGGGUCCCUGCCACCCACGUGCAUGAACCAGCAGAUGGAAGAUGUCUGUCUUUCUGCCUUUCGUAUAAAUAAAUCAAUUUUUUUAAUUUAAAAAUUUGCCCUUAAAAAAGUACUUUGAGGCUGAGAGUGAAGCCUGCAGUUCUCAGGAAUCUCGAAUGGGCCACUGAGGUAGGGGCAGGGGGAGGAGCCUCUCUUGGCCUCAGUUUCCCCAUGUGGAGAAACAGACCGGCCAUUCCCUCCCAGUCCCUCCUGCCUUCCCAGGAUUGCUGAUUGUAGCACAGUCCCCUGGGAGCAGAACAACAGCACGCUCAUGCGGUAGGAACAGUUCUGGAUGCCCACGGCGUCCAGAGCUAGGCCUGGGCCCAAGCCAGGAGCCAGGGACUCCAUGCGCUGCUCCCACCUAUGUGACAGGAAACCCAGCCAGGGUCUGCACGGCAGGAAGUCAGAGUCAGGAGCCAGAGCCGGGAAUUGAACCCAGCUGCUCUGCUGCGUCCUCACCGGUGGCUUCCCUGCUAGGCCCACACCUGCCCUGCGUUCUGAGAACGUCACACCUGCUGAUCCUGUUAACGUGAGCUAUCGAUGACCAGGGCAGAGGGCAGACAGAGAGAGGGCUCUGGUGGCUGGCGCGAGAGGAGUUAGGACAGGCCGCCAGGCAGAGUCGCGGCCAGCAAGGGAGAAGACUUUGGUCUUAGUCUAAUGGCUCCUGACUCCAACAGCGACCUGUUCCCCAGGUGAACAUGCACAGGAAUGCAGCUUGUUAGAAUCCAGUUCGAUCCAGUUCAAGAGAUGGUUCAAGAGUGACCUGAUUCCUAAGCCCUCUGCCUGGUGACUCAAAGCCAUCCCCUUCCUGUUCCAGGUCUGUGUUUCCUGCCUCUGGGAGAUGCCCCCUUCCAAAUGGUCUGAUUUCUCCCAAUUAAAGUGUAAGAUGCUUGCUUA